ACAAUCUCGUUCCUUUGCGACUAAAGGCUCGUGAAAAUGGCAACAGGUGGACUCCUCGACCGCAUGUAUCAGCACUGGUGGGGGAAGUCAGUCCCGUGUGAAGCCAGGUCACCUUAUACGGAAUUAGGAUUUUCAAACAUCCUCACGGCUUUCCUCCUGCUCAUCAUCGGCGGCCUCCUCUCCGUGCUGCUCCUUGUCUUCGAGAUUUUGCUCAGGAGACACUACCAGAAGGACGAGGUGUUCUCGAGGAAGUCCUCCACGUUGCAAGGGCGAGUGUCGACCCUUGGGAGGCCGAGGAUGAUUUUCGACAGUAGCGCGAGGCAGGUCGAUGGAGUGAGGCGGGUAGUGAGAAUGGAGGAGCAAACGCGAGUUGGAUGAGAGUUGCUCCGUAAGUGACCUCAUAUUCAAUUCUAGAUUUAUAUAUAUGUUAUUUAUUAUUUUUUCUUUUUUUUUUCUUUUUCUUUCAAAUAUAGGCUGUCUGACGUUAGAUACCAUAGUGGUACCCGGCUGCUGCCUUGUAGUUCAGUUCGUGUCAAAGGCUGUGGGAUUUCACCCUAUACAAAACAAUUCAC